GGAAAUGACUGUUGAUCACUCCAUACAGCCUUCAGUGGGGGCAUAUAAUGCCGUCAUCUUGGUGUGUGCACGUUCUGGACAGAAGAAAUAUGUACACGAGGCAUUCAGACUAGCCAAAGAAAUGCUCGACUCAAAUCGCGAUGCCAGGGGACACUGCGCGUAUCCGCCAGACAGACAAACCUUCAUCGCAUUGCUGGAAGGUGCUAAAAGAAUCGGGGAUUUGGGGAGGACGAGGUGGAUUUUAGCGGAAUUGGUGAACGGCAGGAGUGAUCCAUGGUACACGGGAGACAGUGGGCGUCAAGACCUCAUUAUCAAUGAAGAGAUAAUGAUGCAUAUAUUUCACGCUUACGCCGCAUACAAACCACCAUUCAAACGGGGGGCAUUGAGGUUUGUCAGUGAGCGGCCAGAGGCAGCUAUAGGAAAAGGACAACAAUCACAGGAAACGGACUCACAUCCUGGGCCUUCCUCUGGAACACCCUUAGGCCCAGGCGACUUACCAAUCGAAAUGGAAGCGUCGACCUUCUCGCACAUACCUCCUCAGACUUCAACCGAGGUAGUCGCCGAGGCAAAGGCACUCUUUGGCUACAUAAAGCGAGACUUACUGCCUAAUGUCCCUCGAGAGCUUCAUCCUGACACCUUCGACCCCGUUCAGAAGAAGUUUGAAGGAGUACAAUUGACUCCGCGACUGUUAAAUGCGUACUUAUCAGUUUAUUACGCGCACUCUGGGAUAGUAUCGUCUCACCAGCUGUUCAAAACCAUAUUCCCUGAGCUAUGCGUAGAGAAGAAUGCACAGUCGUAUGUCGAGGCCAUGGAAAGGUGUGCAAUGUCGAAGAAACAUGAAAGGGACUUGGCCUUUCCUUUUGCAGAGGAGGUAUGGCGAGAAUGGCAGUCUACAGAGUUCGAUGGUGCACACAGGCAGCGAUAUGGUGCUCGAAUGGCUGAGAGAGCGCACAGUGCAAAGAUUCGCACAUUGACUCUCCUAGGCGAUCUUGACCGUGCCUUGACCGCGGUAAAAACAUUCGUUCGUGAUUAUCCCCCAUCAGCUGUGCGUUGUGCAGCUCCAAAGCUCUCAAUGCGAUCGACUCGAACAAUGCUCAAUGCACCCCGACCACUGGUUCGGGCUACCUCUUCUGUCGAAGUACCAGACGAUACUGUACCACCUUUGCUCACUUUCACGGACCUUGAAAUUCUGCACCACCGGCUAGUCGCAGCAGGACGGCAAGGUGAUAUCGCUUAUUUAAAGUACGUAUGUAAGGCCUAUGAAGGGGCCCUUAGGGUUCGCAGGAGAAUGACUAUGCACGCUGAACCUGGGCCAGACUCCUAGGGAUAACUGGUCUGUUUUUACUCCUUGAUAAAUUACCUGCUGCUUUACAUCAUGCUUGCUUGUUCACAAUGGUUAUGAAAGUCUCGUCUCAUCGAUAUACUAGUACAGUCGGACUACUAUAUAAUGGAUGUACUUAUCCACACUUGACAGUGAGGAGAAUUUUAUUGGACCAAAAUGUCUUUGAAAUGGCUUAGAAUAUAUAAUAUUUAGUUGA